AUGUGGCAGUAUGAAAAGGUGAUGGCACAUUUAAAAAGUGGAGGUGGGCACAAGCACACCUCACCUGAUUUGCUGUCAGCUUCCAAGCCAGCUGGACUCUCACACCCAAGUUCUCCUCCAAUUCUAUCAUCCUUUGGCCAACUGAACCAGUGCCUGGAACAGGCAGAUGGUCCUGGAGCCUGGCACAGCUUUGUCCAGUGCAUCCUGCUGUGCUAUCAGGACAGUGAAGUCAAGGACACCAGUGGAGCCAACAUUUGCUUCGAGUUCCUUGGGCUACUGACAACGUACAGGAUCCCAAUGACACCUGGCAAAGCCUGCUACAUCCUGGCCAUCCUGCUGGCAACUGUGGACAUACAGCCCGGAGGAUGUGUACAUAUCAUCGCCUCAGCUGAACAGGAAGGAAAGCAGCUGAAGUUAAUCUGCACUCUGUGGCACACGAAGGAAGAGGCUGAGGGCAUCGUAGUGUUUUUGUGCAAAGACAAGUCAUUGCACUGUUCCCCCGAGACUAGCUUGCAGCAGCUAAGACUUCCGCGUGAGCUGGGAAUAAGUAAUCGCAGUGAAAUGCCAUCUCAGCUGGUGUUCACCAUACACCCGGUCAUGCCAUCAGACAGUGGGACCUAUCAGUGCUGUGCCAGCAGCCAGAAUCCAGACAGGAAAUUUCAGGGCCAUUUCUUCUCUGUUCAUGUUUCAGAGACAGGCAACUGGACAGUGACAGGACUGAAACAAAGACAACAGCCUGAGUUUCCCUACAACAAAGGUUCUCUCAGCACAGGCUUUCUGCAAGAAAAGGUCUGGAUGCUGCUGCUCACCAGCCUGGCGGUCCCUCCAGCUUGGGGGUCUUUUUCUAGCAUGAUAUGAACAGAAGACAGAGAGCAUGAGACAUUAUAUAUGCCAAGUCUGAAGGGAACACAAAGUGGGGCGACUCCUGGAAAUCCGAGACCCUCUCCUUGUGCUGCCAAAGCAAACUCCCCUUCCUUCUGCAAAGAAACACUGCAGCUUCUGUGGCAGUGGCCCCGGGCCAGGGGCCCAAGAACCAAACAAGCGUCUGCAGAACUCUGCCUCUUCCCUAUGCCUUUCAAUCAAGUAAAAUAAGUCAAACACGA